GGCGGGCUGGGGAGGAGGGCGCGGGGUCAGAGGUCAGCCCGGGAGUCCGAGGGGCGGGCGGAGUCGCCGCGGCGGGAGAGGUCUGGGCCGCGGCUGAGGGAGGUCGGGACCCGGCGCCCCCCGCGCCUCCGCCACCUCGAGUCCCGCGGCCCGCGCGCGGCCGUGCAUGGGCCUCCCCGGCCUGCGGGUGGCGGCCCGGGCCCUGUGGGGAGCCUGCGGAGCCCGGACCCUGCGCCUGGGACCGCGCCGCCUCUGCGCGGCCCCCAUGGCAGACGGCGUGCCAGCGCCCCCGGCGAGGGCCGAGGAGGAGCCCGCCCCGAAGGCCCGGAGCGGCUGGCAGAGGCGCGCCGGAAUCUGGGAGGAAGCGGAGCACCAGGUGAAGAAACUGAAGCGCGCCGAGGAGAAGGAGCAGAGCCAGAAGCUGCCCAAGAGGAAGAUUGUGCUGCUCCUGGCCUACUCGGGGAAGGGCUACCAUGGCAUGCAGAGAAACGUUGGGUCCUCACGAUUCAAGACAAUUGAAGAUGACUUGGUAUCGGCCCUUGUUCAGUCCGGCUGUAUUCCCGAAAACCACGGCGAAGACAUGAAAAAGAUGUCCUUCCAGCGGUGCGCGCGGACAGACAAGGGCGUGUCUGCGGCUGGCCAGGUGGUGUCCCUGAAGGUCUGGCUGAUUGACGACAUCCUGGAAAAGAUCAACAGCCACCUCCCGUCUCACAUUCGGAUCCUAGGGCUGAAGAGGGUCACCGGGGGCUUCAACUCCAAGAACAAGUGCGACGCCAGGACGUACUCCUACACGCUGCCCACGUUCGCCUUCGCCCACAAGGACUGGGACGCACAGGACGAGACCUACCGCCUGAGCGAGGAGACGCUGCAGCGCGUCAACCGGCUCCUCGCCUGCUACGAGGGCACCCACAACUUCCACAACUUCACCUCGCAGAAGGGGCCCCGGGAGCCCAGUGCCCGGCGCUACAUCCUGGACAUGCACUGCGAGCGGCCCUUCGAGCGGGAGGGCCUGGAGUUCGCCGUGAUCAAGGUCAAGGGGCAGAGCUUCAUGACACACCAGAUCCGGAAGAUGGUGGGCCUGGUGGUCGCCAUCGCCAAGGGCUAUGCACCCGAGGACACGCUGGAGCGCAGCUGGGGGCUCGAGAAGGUGGACGUGCCCAAGGCGCCGGGGCUGGGCCUUGUCCUCGAGAGGGUGCACUUCGAGAAGUACAACCAGCGCUUCGGGGGUGACGGGCUGCACGAGCCGCUGGACUGGUCCGAGGAGGAGGGCGAGAUCGCGGCCUUCAAGGAGCGGCACAUCUACCCCACCAUCAUCAGCACCGAGCGGCACGAGCGCUCCAUGGCACAGUGGCUCAGCACCCUGCCCGUCCACGACUUCAGCACCACGGCCAGCGCAGGCGCCACGGUGCCUGCUCGGCCGCUCUGCCUUGUGAUACCUGCACUCUGCACUGGUGACCCCAGGCAGUGGCGGAUGCCCUGUGGGCCCUGGUCGCCUGUUUGUGAGAGGGAGGCACUGACAGGACCCACCCUCCUUGCCAGGCUGUGGUCCCCAGUCCCCUGGAAGGCAGCGAGGAGGAGGAGACCCAAUGAGAGGCCUUCAGAGAGUGGCACUUCUACCCCACCAUCGGCGGGAGCCAGGCGCUGCGGCAGCCAGCUUUCUCCCCACGACAGCAGAGCCGAGGGCUCUGGGGACCGUCUCCCCGACAUGACCUGGCUUUGCACCCUCAGGCUCUUGAGGCUUCUUGUCAUUCUGGGUUCUAGCACAGGAGCAGUCUGCCUUAGGUCAUUUGCAGCUUGUGCAUUACGGCCACACACCUCAGCAUGGAAAGACACUAUUUUUUUAAAGAAGUGAUUUUCUUAUUAAAGAAGUAUAAAUUUUGUUUACUUGA